GACGAGCCGAGAAGGGGAGAAGAAAGUUUUGAAGCCUCUGCACUGUGAUGGACCCCCCUGUGAUCCGAUUGGCUCACUGUCAGGUUCAGGUGUUCUGCCUCCAGGUGCCGGGGGCGUGUCCCAGCUGUGGAGAGGACCUGAGAGAGAGGCGUCUGCAGGAGGCGCCCGUCAGCCUGCCCUCGCCCUUUAGCAACGCUCACAAGACCUCCUGCUGCCUGCUGGUGGCUCCUGCCCACAACAACACCACCAGUGAGUUCGAUGGGACUUCAGAUCUACACACUGGCAUCUCAAACACUGAAGGAGUUGUGUAUAACUACACGCGUGCAGGUGUGGUCAGAGAGCUCAGUGGGUGGGAGCGAUGUGUCAGCGUUCCUCUGGUCCGACCCGACAUGUUCCACCUGCUGAACCAGUGGGAUCAAUACCUGCAGAACCACUCUGAGGGGCCCAGCUGGGACCCCGCCUGGCACAGGUUUGACGAGCAGAACCAUAACUGCCUGUCUUUCUGCCUGAGCUUUGUGAACAGAGUUCUGGCUGCAGAGGGUCGAGAGGCUCUGAGCAGAGAGACCUUCACUCAGAUCUUCAUCCUACCAAGAGUCCAGAGGGUUCAGAAGUACCUGUUCCUGUACAAACACCUGCAGACACACGAGUACUACCUGGUGGACAGAGAGGAGGACAGACAGGAGGACACACAGGAGGAGAUAUAGGAGGACAGACAGGAGGAGAUAUAGGAGGAGAUACAGGAGGACAGACAGGA